AUGCGCGGGUCCUCCUUCCACAACUAUAAUGCGCAGGACGCUCCUUCCCCCUCUUCCGCGUAUCCCGGUCCGUCGUCGAUCAACGCAUACUCUGCGCGUGCGGACGAGCGUGCCCACUCAGCUGGGCCCUCGAACCGCAUCCCCGAUAACUCCAGCGGCAAGCGCAGGAAGCUAGAUCGCGCCUGUGAUGCAUGCCGUCGAAGGAAAACGCGCUGCGACGGCCCGGCGCAGCCGGACAGCGUCUGCAGCACCUGCAGGCAGACGAAGAAACCGUGUACCUAUAUGGAAACCUCGAAACCAAGGGGACCGCCCAAAGCGUAUAUUACCGGCAUGGAGGACAGGCUCGAGCGGCUUGAAGCCCUACUCAGACGGCUUCGUCCGGACAUUGACCUAGGGCCUCCCCUCCCACGCGACUCCUGGCGGACAGACUCGACCAGUCGUGACGGCUCCCGACAACGCACACACUCCGGCCCAUCCCCCGUUCACAACGACGCCAGACAAACCCCCAGCACCUCCACCAGCUCCCCCCUCCCCCCACGCCUCGGCAGCUCGUCCGACGGGGAGUCCGGUUCCGAAUGGCACACCGGAGAGGCCGCCGAACUCACGAUUGAGGACGUCACCGGUGGCGUUAGGCUUUCUCUACCCAGCACGGACGCCGAACCUAAGCCCGAGGACCGCAACGUGCGCUUCGUGGGCAAAGCGAGCGGCGCGCCAUGGAUCAUUGCAACGCGCAAGUUCAAGGACCUGCACAUAGCAGAGUCGAAUGCACCGCCUGACUCUAGCGCAUCGAAACUGCGCACCGAGGCCGACAAGUCGCAGCUGCGCAGAAAGGAGUUUUGGGUUUCUCCGGAGUGGGAACUCAAGAACGAAGGCCACAAAGACAUCGAGAAGACGCUCGCAGCUGUGCAGGAGCAACUACCACCACCCGACCUCAUAACAUCCCUAUUCGAUCUUUAUUUCACCUACCCGAACAUGCACAUCCCGCUCCUUCACCGCCCGACCUUUGAAAGGCAAUGGCGGUCGGGGUUGCACAAGCGUAAUGUGUGGUAUGCCGCCGUCUGCUUCGCCAUCUUUGCAGUUGCCUCACGGUGGAGCCAUGAUUUGCGGGUGGUACCCGAAUCGUGCGCAAGUGGUUCUGAAGGUCCGAAGUGGCACGCGGCGGGGUCGCAAUGGUUCCAUAUCUCUAUGCAGAUCAUCGUCAGGCGUCAUCGUAGUGUACUGUACCCGGCAUCUCUGCACGAGAUACAACUGUUCACGAUACAGCGCAUGUACAUGCGCGGGACACAUUUCUUUGCCUCCGCUUGGCUCAACACUGCGGUCGGCACUGUCAAGGCCCAGGACAUCGGCGCCCAUAGGCAGUCAAUCUACCAGGACCUCAAACCAGCAGACCGUGAGCUCUGGAAGCGCGCCUGGUGGUGUUUGGUUCUGUUCGACCGCCUGGACAGCGCGAGCCUUGGACGGCCAUGCGCGACCCGCGAAGAGGACUUCGACGUCGAGAUGCUCGCCGAAGUGGACGACGAGUACUGGGACACCGGCGAUCCGGAGACAGACUUCAAGCAGCCGCCGGACAAGCCCUCCAAGAUCACCGCGUUCAACUUCAUGAUCAAGCUCUCGGGCAUCAUCGCGCGGACGUUGCGAACUGUGUACUCCCUGGACAAGGCGGACAUGCCCCUCGGGCCGUUCUCCCAAUCCAUUGACCACAUCGUCUCACAGCUGAACGCCUCACUCACGGAAUGGGUCGUGUCCGUCCCCGACCACCUGAAACCGAAUCGUAUUGACGACCCUAUUUUCGCGAAUCAAGCGGCGUUCUUGUUCACGAACUACUACACCACGCAGAUGAUGAUCUACCGACCGUUCAUCCCGCGUACACCGACGACCGUCGAGCAGUACAAGCGGGAGCGCGCGUGUCCGUACCCGGCGCUGGCGAUAUGCCUGAAUGCCGCGAAGGCGUGCGUGGGCAUCAUCCAACAGCAGCUGCCGAAUGGGUACGCGAAUGUACCAAACCUGUCGGCUACCGCGUAUCAAGCGGCCGGUACUCUGCUGUUCGGAUGGUGGGAACUCAAGGCGCGGCAGCGUCUAGCGGAGGAGGGCGUGGAGGAUGUGCGACCUGAUGUCAAGGUCAUGGACCAGCUACUUGCGCACUACCAAAUCGCGAUGCAAGCCUUGGAAUGGGCAGUGCCUCGGUGGCCGCACGUUGACUUGAUGAUUGAACAUCUCAAGAACGCGAUGCCUUCUGCAGAAGAUGUAUCACGACUCCCGGAACCGCUUCCAAGAAGUAUACGUCGAGCACCGUCUCGCAAAAACAGCGUCGAGGACAGACUCUCCGCCUCUUCAGAGAAAGCACAAACCACUCCUCUGUCAGCUUCUGAAGACUGGGCUACCUGGCGGCACACCGCGGCGGAUCAUCCCCCUAGUCGUGCCCUCCCCAUACCACCGAGGCAGUCAUCGGAUAUCCCUCCAGCAACCUAUCGCUCACGGAACGAUAGCUUGCAAUCAAUGAUCGACAGGCCUCGAUCCCAUUCGGAUGACAUACGGGCAGCGUAUCCCUCGCCAACGCCAUAUCCAGCCUCUCCAGCGGUGAACCACACCUUGUCGCCUUGGGCGGACAUUCCUUCAUACGCAGGCCCGCGCUCCGCCUCCCCGGUGGACAUGGAGGAGACGGAGCGGCCGGUGGCGAUCAGCUCGAUUCGGCGGACAGGCUCGCACGCGCAACUCAGAUACGGCGGCACGUCUGCGAAGUUCAACGAGUCCUAUGCGCGGGGCGCGCCUGCCAGCAGUACGCGGGGCUCGUUGCUGGAACCCUAUGCCGCCCCAGAUCGGAGAACUUCGUUUGCGGGACCUUACCUGCCACCUCCGGCCAAUAUGCCACCCCCUGUACCGCGUCGCUCGGUCGACGCACCGUACGGUGGCAGGGUCUCACCCUACGGGCAGUUCGAGGGCGUCUCAUUUGACGGCCGGCUGCUUUACGAGCCCAUCCCAGCGUUCGAGGAUCGCAGCGCCAUGUACAGCAAGCCUCGUCUGCAGGUGCAAACGAGAUUGGAUCCACAGCCGAGCAUGGGCUCUGGGCCACGCGCUUUCGACGGGCGCUACGCCAGGGUUUCGCCAGUGCCGCCUUUCGACGACGGCUACGGCGUCUCCCCAAACAACAACUCGGCCUACGACUCUCCCGAAGGGUCGUGGCCCGUACAGAACAUUGCGGCACGGGGGCAGACAUACACGAACUACCACCCAUCGUCCGCUUACGAUGCUCCGCGGGAUUACAGAAGAUGA